AUGAGUUAUAACAAUCCGUACCAGUUGGAGACCCCUUUUGAGGAGUCGUACGAGUUGGACGAGGGCUCCAGUGCCGUCGGUGCCGAUGGACAUGAUUUUGUGGGCUUUAUGAACAAGAUCAGUCAAAUCAAUCGCGAUCUUGAUAAGUACGACCAUACCAUCAACCAGAUCGAUUCGCUACACAAGAGGCUAUUGACUGAAGUUAAUGAAGAGCAAGCAGACCAUUUGAGGCACUCCUUGGACAACUUCGUGGCGCAGGCUGCGGAUUUCCAGUUCAGACUGAAGAACGAGAUCAAAAGUGCCCAAAGGGAUGGGCUGCACGACACAAAUAAACAAGCCCAGGCAGAAAACUCAAGGCAAAGAUUCCUGAAGCUGAUCCAGGACUAUAGAAUCGUGGAUUCCAACUACAAGGAAGAGAACAAAGAGCAAGCCAAAAGGCAGUAUAUGAUCAUCCAGCCAGAGGCCAGCGAAGAUGAAGUCGAAGCUGCCAUAAGCGAUGUGGGGGGACAACAAAUCUUCUCACAGGCCUUGUUGAAUGCAAACAGACGCGGGGAAGCCAAGACCGCCCUUGCGGAAGUCCAGGCAAGACACCAAGAGUUAUUGAAGCUGGAAAAAUCCAUGGCUGAAUUGACUCAAUUAUUCAAUGAUAUGGAAGAACUGGUGAUAGAACAACAGGAAAACGUUGACGUUAUUGACAAGAACGUCGAUGACGCUCAAUUGGACGUAGAACAAGGUGUCGGCCACACAGACAAGGCCGUCAAAAGUGCCAGAAAAGCAAGAAAGAACAAGAUCAGAUGCUGGUUGAUUGUGUUUGCCAUCAUCGCUGUCGUUGUCAUUGUUGUUGUGGUGCCAAUCGUCAAAACACGUUAA